CAGCCCCGCGCGCGUUCCCGUUGUCGGUCCGGAGAUGUCGGCGCUGUCUCCGGCGGAGGGAGAACUACUUUGUCUCCCCGAAGAAUGCGGAGGAGCGCGCCUCUUAUGAAGCCGAACCAUCUACCUCUCUGCCCUCCACAGCUGAGCACCUGUCAGUAACCUGACUUUGACUUGUUGCGUCGCUGUCGGACAGUCGGGACCCACCAUGGAGACGGUGGUGAUCGUGGCCAUCGGGGUCUUGGCCACCAUCUUCCUGGCCUCCUUCAUCGCUCUGGUGGUGGUGUGCAGACACCGCUACUGCCGCCCUCACGACCUGCUGCACCACUUCGACUCCAAACCCACAGUGGACCUGAUUGGGGCCAUGGAGACCCAGAGUGAGCCCUCAGAGCUGGAGCUGGACGACGUGGUCAUCACCAACCCUCACAUUGAGGCCAUCCUGGAGAACGAGGACUGGAUUGAGGACGCCUCAGGCUUGGUCUCCCACUGCAUCUCCAUCCUGAAGAUCUGCCACACUCUGACCGAAAAGCUGGUCGCCAUGACGAUGGGCUCAGGUGCGAAAGUCAAAGCCCCGGCUAGCUUGAGUGACAUCAUCACCGUUGCCAAACGCAUCAGCCCUCGGGUGGACGACGUGGUCCGGUCCAUGUACCCUCCUCUGGAUCCCAUCCUCCUGGACGCCAGGGCCAACGCUCUGCUGCUGUCCGUCAGCCACCUGGUGCUGGUGACCCGUAACGCCUGCCACAUGUCGGGCAGCCUGGACUGGAUCGACCAGUCACUGAACGCGGCUGAAGAUCACAUGGUGGUUCUGCGGGAGGCAGCGAUGGCGUCGGAGCCCGAUCGAAGCUUUCCCGCUCUGGACUUGCAGCGAGAGCAGUCCAUCUAAAGGCGGCAGGACAACAGGAAGACGGAUCAGCAGGGGGCCCUUCACACUUCAGCGGGCUCAUCACACCUGCCUCUCCUGAGCGCGUCAUGACUCCGCUUCUCUCCUUCUCCACAGGCGGAGUCCUCCAUGUGCUCACACGGCUCGGGCUUUUUUCUUCUACAAUUGGACUUUGGAAAUUUGCUCUUGGGAACACAUCACCCAGUGGUGGGCCUAAAUCCAAUCUCCCCCAGCACUGCUCGGUCACAUGGAGGCUUAGUCAGCUAAUCCAUUCUGAGGAAAAUAACUCUGAGUUAGAGACCGCAGCUGAGGGGGCUUGGACUCCGAGGACCAGAUGGAAGACUAACCAGGCUGUGGCCGUGACACUGGCACGUCCUGUGGACACUAAACAGCCAAUAUUGCUGAUGCUUUUGCCGUCUUGAUAGACACCAGCUAUCUUCUUCAGUCAUCUUUGAACUCUUGUGGGGUUAGAUUCAAGCAGGAACCUGGUUUAAACAGGAGAUUUUCAACGCGACAUUCCACAAUUUCAGGGUUAAAUAUCUGAUAAAUAAACUAGUGGGACAAAUAUUUCAAUAUAUAAUAAUAUUUUUUCUUUUCUUUUUUCCUUUUUUUCAAACACUUGACAGCUUCUAAUUCUGACUUCAGUCUCGUGAUUGACCUUUUUGAGUUCCUGAAAAUGUGUUUUCUGAGUGAAAGGAGGGAGCAGCUUGUUUCAGAGGUGCAAGAGAGCAGAUCAUUGAGGAUGCAGCGCUGCGUCUUAUUUAGAGUGUGGUUUCCAUGAAUGUUCACGACUGAGGAUGACUAUUGGUUGUAGCUGCAGAAUGGAUGCAGGCUCAUGCAGCGUUUUUUACGGUGUUUGAGCGAUGGUUUGAGGUUUUUAUCUGGCUGUCAUUUUGUUUAUUCGUCGGCUUGUGUUGCUUUUGUCAGCUCCUGAACAAAGGUUCAAUUUUUUAUUUGCAGUUACAAAGUGUAUGUAGCUUUUGUAUGCUUCCUCUGGGCUCAGCCUUCAGCCGUUCACCGGGUUCUGGAACCAGAGAGGCUCUAUAUAAAUCGAUAGAAUUCGCAUCAUCUACAGUGAGUUCAAACAGGUGGCAGUAGUGGUGUUACUGUAGCACACAGUUUUUUAUGAACAGAACCAAAGUAAAUUCAGAUGAAUCGAGGCCACAAAAAUGCCGUUGUUCAUCAGUUAUCCUGUUCUAACUAAUCCUGAAAGUUUCAUUGAUAUAUGUUUUUGAGUUAUUCUGUUAACAUUUUAACUGAAUAUUUCUCUUGUCAAAACCAAGCACCUCAGCCUCUGGCUCAGCUCUUUAUCUGCCACAGCUGCUUCAGAGUUAGGACGAAUGUGAAGCCUCGACGAUCCAAGCGACCCGAACUGCUGUCAGAGGUGUGUGGUGUUGUGCGGCCGUUGUGUUCGGGGCCAGUGGGAUGUUGUCGCUGUGUGUCGACCAGCUCAUGCGGAGCUAAUCCUAAGUGUCUCAGGAGUCCUCAUGAAGCGCUUCUCCCACAGCCAGGAGGAACACAUGAGCCCUGGAACACUGGCACCAUCACCAUGGCCACAGUGAAUCAUCUCUGUCAGGAGAGCUGCUGCUUCAAGCGCUGCAAGUUCGAUGGAACCUCGCUGAUUGAUUUAGAACAAUCCUUUGUUGCCUUGUGGUUUACAUGAUAGAAGCCUUCCUCUGUUCCUUACUUUCACUUCUGUCGUUCCGAAAU